AUGUUACAAGGAGUUCAAACAAGUCGUCGGUGUUCCCAUGCCAGAAGACUACAUACUUCCGGAUCAGGCCACUCGAGUAGUGCUGAAUCUUCUGGCAUCUCCACCUUGACCAGUUUUGAAUCUAGCAGCCAUGUGCCACAUCCCCCGGAGUCGUCAGUGAGAACGAUUCGUAUUUCUUACGGAGAAGAUAAUAUCCAAGCAUCAGUCGACAAUCUUUCAAGCACCACAACAGGCAUACAAGACCAGAGUGGCUCUGGCUUGAGAUCGGAGUCUCUUCCAAGACAUGGUGCUGAAGACAUGUUCAACUCCACCCCUCCACGGCGCGCUUCUUCUGUCUUCAACAGCAGAGACAGUAAUGGUGAUACCAUUCUCAUUCGAGAGACACCACUCCACAGACAGGAAAACGAAUCGGACCACCAAGCCCACUUCCCAUGGAGACAACAAAUCGAACGUCCAACAGAGCGCACUCGUCUUCGCACAUCUGUAGCUGGGCUGAGAGAGCAAUUGAGAGCCUCCACCAGUCUCGUCGAUAAUCUUCGCACUCGGAAUCAAGCCCACGUACUGGAAAAUACAGCCCAGGAGGCCGAGCUACAGAGAGCUCGAGAGGAACGCAGUACGGUGUGGGAGAAAGCGAGACAUGAUGCAGAAAGCAGCAGUCUCAAGAUGCGGAGUCUGAUGGUGCUUCUCGGUCUCAUCGCGAUUGGCGUGCUCGUGUACUUUUAUUGGUGMUGGUAUUGGGGGCCUGAGAUGUCGUACAUUCGUCAACGCAGGACGGACGUUUUAUUCCAGUAG